UUAUCGCUCAUUUCAACGUCCCAUAAUCCCAUAAAACACAAGAAGUCCAGACGCGAAACCAAAAAAUACCGCGAAACCCAAAAAAAUCCCAAAAUUCAGGAGUUCAAUCGUAGCUGCAUCCUCGACGUUGCCAAAAUACGAAAAUAAUUCGAACCUGGAUUUGUUUCCAUUGUGUGUACAAGUUGGUUACAUGACGCGUUAAGUUAUUGCCAUUUUUUAUUGAAUUCUUGCCAUGUCUGUUACGUUUUUGGCUCAGUCGUAUCUUUAUAUACGCUACGUAAAUUAUUCACCGAUUCGCGAACAUUAAAAUAUUCGAAAUGACUUGAAAAAUGGUAUGUAAAUGACCCUUGGUUCGAUCCUGCUAUUUAAACUAGUUUCGCGCUUUUGUGUCUCUUUUAGUUUGUGCUUUUUUUCGUGUUUUUGUGCGGAAAGCUUGCCAGACUUUGGUUUUUACCUUGGAUUUUUAUGUUUACCGUGUAACUUUUAUUGGAUAUAGCAACAAAUGUCUCUGUGGCACAGUAGUCUUGAACUAGGCAAAACAAACCUAAAUAAUAACUUGGAUAACGUUAAUCGUUCAAAUCUUUAUCAUAGGCCACAUAAGUGUAAAAUGUCUCAGAUGGGUGGUGAUGAACUUCACACUCCUCGUUACUUGUCCUGGAGGAAACUACACCUGAGCAGAGCUAAACUGAAGGCUUCCAGUAAGACGUCUGCGCUGCUUGCUGGAUUUGCCAUGGUAGCAAUGGUCGAGCUCCAACUACAAACGCCUGUUACCAUACCAAAUCCAAUAUUAGUGGCGUUUGCGAUAAUCACAACACUUCUGGUAGCCGUUCACAUGCUUGCACUUAUGAUAAGUACCUGCAUACUACCCAACAUCGAGGCCAUAUGCAGCAUGGACUCGAUAAGUUUGGUCGACGAGUCCCCACACGAAAGACUACACUGGUACAUUGAGACCGCUUGGGCCUUCUCAACAUUACUCGGGUUGCUUCUGUUCCUCGCCGAAGUGGCCAUUUUAUGUUGGGUAAAGUUCUACGACAUCAAUACGACUGCAGCCUGGUCGGCCAGUAUAGUUUUAGUACCGAUCCUGUUUAUUUUCUUAGCGUUUGCCAUACAUUUUUAUAGGUCCCUAGUUUCGCACAAGUAUGACAUGACUGUGUCGGGCAUAAGAGAGUUGGAGCUCCUGAAAGAACAGAUAGACGGGGACCAUCAAAACAGUAGGGCAAACGGUUUAAAUGAACUCAUGUCCGGUAUACAUGUAGUAUGAGGUAACGAUUCACAAAUGUGGCUGUGUGAAGGACCUUAUUUUUGUCGAUUGGGUGUUUCGACCUCCGGUUAUACUUUUUGAUAAUAUUUUUUUCUACCUGUUUGGAAAAUUUUACAUUUUAAGUGCUAAAGCUUAUUUUCUAGGUUCGAUGCCUUCGGUUUCACUUGAACUGUUGAAAUGUGACUAGAUCGGUUAAGCCAAAAUUUUUUUUCAUCGGGAAUAACUAUAUCCUAUUUGUUCCUUAUCUUACCUAUGCUGAUGAUUGUUUUGUCGGGAAUCUCAUAGAUAUUCAAAAUGCUUGCUGGCUCAAGUACUUUAUAUCUUAUAACGAAUUAUUUUUAUCCUAUACUUUUAAAGUUUUCUAAUGAAUAUUAACUUCAUUGUUGUGAAUCAAUUUGUUUUCGUUAAUAACUUACGAAGUACGAUCGUAAUUAACGUUUUAUGAGAUGACUGAAAACAUAUUUUUUUUCAUCUGUACAUUCCAAAACAGGACAUAGGAUAGGAUAACUAUUUUGAUAUUGACGAAUUUUAGUGUGUUCCUUUGCUGAAUUAAAUUUGGCAAUGCCUCGAAUAGCUCAAAAGUUGCCUUACGAUAGUACUUAGAUUUUUCAAAAGAAGUUUAAAUUGUUCCUUCGAGGAAGUAAUUUAAUUUCUUGGGUGCUAUGUAGAAUAAUCAAUAAUGACCAAUACGAAAAUGAAUGUUAUGUGAUGGAAAAUGUGAAUAGAUUUUUGUACAUAAAUCGAAUAGAAGAACGGGUGAGACACUGCAAACAUCAUUAUCUGUGAUUUAUCAUGAUUUUUUUAUAAAUGAAUAUACGAUGUAUAAAUGAGAUACAAUAAAUUAUGGACAUAUUCAUAUUAAUAAUU